AUAGAGGCAUGGCUGCAAUUGCCACCAAUAGCAAAUAAUAGAAUAUGCGACAAAUCAUAGUCUAGAUUCAUGCUCUUUUGUUUUUUUCUGUUUCACCUUCUCUCAUUAUUUAUUCAUUCAAUUCAAACGCAUUCAUUCAUUCAAUUGUUUUUCUCUCCCACAUUCACGCUCCAUCAUCGUGGAGUAACUAAAACAGAGAAAUAAACAUUCUUAAUAACUCCGAAAACGCAUUCAUCAUCUUUUCCGAUCUCCAAAAUGCAGGCUACACUUUUACCUCUCUCCCCUUCUUUCUCUCUCUACAAAUCUCGCUCCUCUCUCUCCUCUUCUCCUUCUCUCUCUACCUCUUCUUUCUCAUCAUGGACACCUCUCGUUUCUUCUCAUUCUUCUUCAAAAUUAAUCUCUCUAACACCCCUUCAUUCCUCUACCCGCUUCCAAACCAAAGCAACCACCACCAUCGACGCCGCCGACUCCUCCGACAGCAGUAGUCCUCUAUUCAAAGCUCUAGAGCUUGGAGUUCUUUUUUGCCUCUGGUUCUCCUUUAACAUCUACUUUAACAUCUACAACAAACAGGUCUUGAAGGUUUACCAUUUACCAGUAACUCUCACUGCUUUUCAAUUUGCUAUUGGCACACUCCUUGUAGCAUUCAUGUGGGGUCUUAAUCUUUAUAAAAGGCCAAAACUCACUUCUUCACAGCUUUUAGCAAUAUUUCCUUUGGCUUUGGUACAUACAUUAGGGAAUCUUUUCACUAACAUGAGUCUUGGAAAGGUUGCUGUCUCUUUUACUCAUACUGUUAAAUCAAUGGAGCCUUUCUUUUCUGUCCUUCUGUCUUCUACGUUCCUUGGAGAGAUGCCUACAGCAUGGGUGGUUGCUUCCCUUGUGCCAAUUGCUGGUGGAGUGGCGCUGGCGUCUGCUACAGAGGUCUCUUUCAAUUGGGUUGGAUUUUUGAGUGCUAUGGCUUCCAAUUUGACGAAUCAAUCUCGUAAUGUUCUUAGCAAAAAACUCAUGGUUAACAAGGAGGAAUCCAUGGACAACAUAACCCUCUUCUCAGUAAUAACAGUCAUGUCAUUCUUCCUAUCAGUACCUAUAGCCCUCUUCAUGGAGGGUGUUAAAUUUACCCCUGCUUACCUGCAAUCUACAGGAUUAGAUGUUCAACAAGUGUACAUUAGAUCUCUUCUUGCUGCGCUUUGUUACCAUGCGUAUCAGCAAGUUUCUUAUAUGAUAUUGGAGAGAGUAUCACCUGUUACUCAUUCUGUAGCAAACUGUCUGAAGCGUGUGAUAGUUAUAGUGAGCUCUGUCAUAUUUUUCCAAACACCUGUCUCACCAAUUAACGCAUUAGGAACUGGUAUAGCUCUUUCUGGUGUUUUCCUAUAUUCCAGGGCGAAGAGAAUUAAGCCAAAGACAGAUUAAUUUUCACAAUUUUGGUAGCAGCAGCAUAACAAACACACCAACUUGUUACAAAAAUUUUCUUUAUAGGUUAGAUGGGGAUUCAUGGAUACUUUUCUUGAUAUCCCUUUUGUGUGGAUAUCCUUUUUUAUAUGUCUCUUGAGUCUGAGUGGUGGUGCCUAAUGGUUCUACUCAAUGAAUAAUUUAUCUUUUUAUUUUUAUUUUUUUAUUAUAUGUCACAGUUUUUUUUGUUAAGAAAUGUACACAACAUUAGUUGAUAAAUGUUGGCCAAGUUUUACCACUUGAAAUGUGUAACUAGUGGUUUGAUGUAAUCUAGUAUAUAAAGUGACUGAAAGAUUUUAAUAUGUAGCAAAUGGAAAAUCAGACACCAGAUUUGUUUAGAA